AAAGAAAAGCUGUCUUUGCUUAGCUUUGUUUUUGCGUUGCUUUUUGUUCGGUCUCUGAUUUCUUCAGCGACAACUCAGGUUCCUUCUACCUUGAUCUUCUCGAGCUCGGACUCCGAGAAGCUAUUAUUCCCUUUCCCUUCCUUCAGUUCCUUUCCCUUCCCUUUUCAUUUCUCAGCUUUCCAUCCAAUUUUCACGGCCGGUGACUUAUGCCGUCACCGCCACGGUGACACUCUCGGCACCAGUUGUUUACAAAGGAUUUCCGGUUCUUGAGCCUGGGGAACUUGGAUUCCGAGUUGGGAUUGCUUUGGAAUUGGAAUCUCCUUGUGUUAAUGUAAUUGCUGAUUCGAAUCUUCAGUUGCAGAAAUCUUUGAUGUCCAGGUUCUUUGGGAUGGUAAAAAGUUCACUUUUGUGACAGUUUAUUCUGGGAAUUCAGAGUUAUGAUCACUCAGCUUUGAGAUGUGGGCGUGGACUCUCUCAAAUCUUUGAGCUUUUUUUUGGGUACUAAAGAGAAAUAGCUGAAGAAGGUGGUUCAGUUUCUUUGCUGGCUUUCAUUUGGCUGGCAAAGUUACAUAGUUUAUGCUUAGGGACGUGGCUAGUAGUUCUUUGCGUUUUAUAGGAGGGAGUUGGGGUCUGAUUACUUGGAUUUAAUGUGAAUAGGGAGGCAUUGUAUCUGGCAUCGAAGUCGGUUCUUAGAGCCUUAUUCGUAAUUGGGGCGACGAACUUCAGCUAGGAUUGUUUGAAUUCUUUAUAUCUUAGUGGAACUGAGCAGGUGGUUGAACUUUUUCUUCAGAGUUCGGCUGGUUCCUUCAUAUCUGUCAGCAUGAAAGCUCCCUCAAAUGGGUUUCUUCCAACUCCUGUAGAAGGAGAGAGGAAGAGUAUUAAUUCAGAGUUAUGGCAUGCUUGUGCGGGGCCUCUGGUUUCUUUACCUCCAGUUGGAAGUCUUGUGGUUUACUUUGCCCAAGGCCACAGUGAGCAAGUUGCAGCAUCCAUGCAAAAGGAGACUGAUUUCAUACCCAACUACCCUAACCUUCCUUCAAAGUUGAUUUGCAUGCUUCAUAAUGUCACACUGCACGCUGAUCCUGAAACUGAUGAGGUCUAUGCACAGAUGACCCUUCAACCUGUAAACAAAUAUGAUAAGGAAGCAGUACUAGCAUCUGACAUGGGCCUCAAGCAAAGCAGACAACCAUCUGAAUUCUUCUGCAAAACUCUUACAGCCAGUGACACUAGUACUCAUGGUGGAUUCUCAGUACCACGCCGUGCAGCUGAGAAGAUUUUUCCACCUCUAGAUUAUUCAAUGCAACCCCCGGCUCAGGAGCUAGUAGCUAGAGAUUUACAUGACAAUUCAUGGACAUUCAGGCAUAUUUAUCGCGGCCAGCCAAAAAGGCACCUGCUGACCACAGGUUGGAGUGUCUUUGUUAGCACCAAAAGACUAUUUGCUGGAGAUUCUGUUCUUUUUAUAAGAGAUGAAAAAUCCCAGCUUCUCUUGGGCAUAAAGCGUGCUAAUAGGCAGCAGCCAGCUCUCUCUUCUUCAGUCAUAUCAAGUGAUAGCAUGCAUAUUGGAAUUCUUGCUGCUGCAGCUCAUGCUGCGGCAAAUAACAGUCCAUUUACUAUAUUUUACAACCCAAGAGCCAGCCCUGCUGAGUUUGUGAUUCCCUUAGCCAAGUAUAAUAAAGCAAUGUAUACCCAAGUUUCACCAGGCAUGCGGUUUAGAAUGAUGUUUGAGACCGAGGAGUCUGGAGUACGCAGAUACAUGGGAACGAUUACUGGUAUCAGUGAUUUGGAUCCCAUUCGCUGGAAAACUUCACAGUGGCGCAAUCUUCAGGUUGGAUGGGAUGAAUCAACUGCUGGUGAACGGCCAAGCCGAGUUUCCAUCUGGGAAAUUGAACCUGUUGUAACACCAUUCUACAUUUGUCCACCUCCAUUUUUCAGACCCAAGUUUCCCAGACAACCAGGGAUGCCAGAUGAUGAGUCUGACAUAGAGAAUGCUUUCAAGAGAGCCAUGCCCUGGCUUGGUGAUGACUUCGGCAUGAAGGAUGCCCCUAGUUCCAUAUUUCCUGGUUUGAGUUUAGUGCAGUGGAUGAACAAGCAGCAAAAUAAUCAGUUCUCAGCUGCUCAAGCUGGGUUUUUUCCAUCCAUGGUUUCUUCGACUGCCAUGCAUAAUAGUCUUAAUGCUGAUGAUCCAUCUAAAUUAUUGAGUUUUCAAGCCCCUGCCAUGUCUGCACCAAGUCUCCAGUUUAACAAAGCUAACCCGCACAACCAAGUCAGUCAACUGCAACAGCCACCUGUCGCGUGGCCCCAACAGCAGCACCUGCAGCAACUAUUGCAAAAUCCUACUAACCAACAGCAGCUGCAGAUACAGCAAGAACUGCAACAGCUGCCACAGCAGCAGCAACUACAGCACCAGCAACAGCAACUGCAGCAACAUCAGCCACAACAGCAACAACGACAACAACUGCAACAACAGCAGCAGCAGCAGCAGCAGCAGCAUCAGCAGAUAUGCCAUCCGGGUCUUGUAAAUAAUGUUGUAGUUGCCCCUAACCAGAACCCAAAUCAAACUUCACAGCAGUCAGUUGCAUACUCUCAGCUUCAACAACAGCACAUGCUGACAGGAAAUACCCAAUCUCAGCAGAGUAUACACUCUAAUAGUAAAAGUUCAUUGCAGAUGCCAUCAGCACCACAAGAUUCCCAGUUUCAGCAACAAAUUGAACCACAAGCCAGUCUCUUGCAAAGACACCAGCAGCAGACACAAUUGCAACAGUCCCCACUACAGUUGUUCCACUUGCAACAAAGCUUGUCACAGAGAGCACAGCAGCUGCCCCAAGUGCAACAGUUGUCACAGCAGGGCCUUUCAGAGCAACAACUUCAAUUGCAGCUGCUUCAGAAAUUGCAACAGCAGCAACAACAGCAGCAACAACAGCAGCAGCAGCAGCAGCAAUUGCUCUCCCCAGCAAGCUCACUUUUACCGUCCCAGCUACCUCAGCAACAGCAGCCAAAUCAGCAAAACCAGCAAGUAGCCCAGCUUCCUAUUUCUCAACAUCAGCAGCAACAGUUAAGCAGCAAUAGCUUCUCAACUGAGAAGCCUCUUAAUGGUAAUAGCUUAUCGACUUCUGCACUGAUGCAAUCACAACAGAUUCCUGUGAAUCAGCCCCACAGCCAGCACAAACCCCUUACAGCAAUCAGAGCCCAUUCUGCUCUUACAGAAGGGGAUGCUCCCUCAUGUUCAACCUCACCUUCUACUAAUAAUUGCCAGGUUUCGCCACCCAACCUCCUGAACAGAAGCCAUCAAGGACCAGCCUUAUUGGUGGGGGAUUCAUUGGUUGAGCCUGCAAGUAAUCUGAUUCAGGAGCUGCAUAGCAAAUCAGAUAUACAGAUAAAACAUGAGUUACCCAGCUCAAGAGGACCAGACCAACAAAAAUAUAAAAGUACAGUCACUGAUCUGGUGGAAGCAUCCUCUUCUGGAACAUCAUAUUGUUUGGAUGCUGGUACCAUCCAGCCGAACUUUUCAGUCCCCACUUUUGGUUUGGAUGGUGAUGUCCAAUCAAAUCCUCGGAGCAAUCUUUCAUUUGCAGCUAAUAUUGAUGGACGCCCUGACACUUUGUUGUCAAGGGGGUAUGACUCUCAAAAAGACCUUCAGAACUUACUUUCUAAUUAUGGUGGUGCCCCAAGAGAUUUUGAGACAGAUUUGUCCACUGCUGGGAUCAGCCCUCAGUCAUUUGGGGUGCCAAACAUGCCUUUCAAGCCAGGGUGUUCAAGUGACAUUACUAUCAAUGAAGCUGGAGUUUUGGGCAGUGGAUUGUGGGCUAACCAGAAUCAACGUAUGCGAACAUUUACAAAGGUUCAAAAGCGUGGAUCUGUGGGAAGAAGUAUUGAUGUAACCCGUUAUAAAGGGUAUAAUGAGCUCAGGCAUGACCUUGCCCGAAUGUUUGGAAUUGAAGGGCAACUUGAAGAUCCACAGCGGAAUGACUGGAAUUUGGUUUUUGUGGAUCAUGAGAAUGAUAUUCUUCUUGUUGGUGAUGAUCCUUGGGAGGAGUUUGUAAGCUGUGUUCAGAGCAUAAAGAUAUUGUCUUCCGCUGAAGUACAGCAAAUGAGUUUUGAUGGACAUCUGGGUCACAACCCUGUCCCAAAUCAAGCCUGUAGUGGGACUGACAGUGGCAAUGCAUGGAGGGCUUAUGAUGAUAACUCUGCUGCCUCGUUUAAUAGAUAAGGGUUUCAAGAUUGAGAAUGAAGAGUCAAUGCGUGGAGGGGUAUGAAAGAUAACUCUGCUUCCUCUAAUAUGUAAUGGGUUCCAAGAUUGAGACUGAAGUGGUUUUCCUGACAUGAAUCUGGGUUCUUUAUUAAGACUACCUGAGACCGUAGGUCCCAUCUCCCAGUUCAAGAUGUGAAAGGAGCCCUCCUCCCUCUUUUAUAAAAAGUAGUUAUUUGGUAACAGGAGAAUGCUGUUAAGUUGUUAACCACAACAGCAGAGCAAAGAAAAUUUUAGCCAGGCCUGGAGUGAUGUUGUUGUUGAUCCUUGUUAUCACUGAGAUUUACUGGGAGAGUGUCGUAAAUGCGAUGAUUCUGGGUGUGCUAGAGCUCGAUGCAUGGACCUUAAUUCAAUUCUCAAUCUUCGAACCUGCUUUCGUAGUCUACUAUAAGCCUGAAUGGGUGAUUUUUCUACAAGAUACAUGAGGAAAAUGUAUAAUAUGGUCCUCUUAACCCUUUGCAUAUGCUAAGAUAGUGACAAAUGUGCAACAGAAUUUGUAGUAGUUGAGCAUGACUCCCAACAAGAUAUAAUAUGCACCAUUUUUUGGUGCCAUUUCUAAGUUU